UUUCACAUGCUUGCUUAAAGUUAUCUCGAUCCAUAGAAGAUCUUGUAAGAAAUUAGGAAGUCAUUUUAGUAGAAGCGCCAUGAGAAAUGAAUGUUUACAGGAAUUUCAGUCUUUUUUUAAAACUGAUAUACAUAAAAUAUUAAAACCGGCUAUAACUAAUUGGCUUUCCCUGAAGCAGUGUGUUGACAGAGUUCUAGAACAAUUUCAACUUCAACCUUUAAAAGCUUACUUCAUUGAAGUAGUACUUGAAGAUCCUUCCUUAACAACAGAUGAAAUAUUAUCUACAAUGAAUAAUCAAUUCACUCAAAUUUAUCUAGAGUUCAUGUCAUAUGUACUUGAUUUAAUGACAGAUUUUAAUACUCUUUUUCAAAUAAACAAACCACUUUUGCAUAAACUAAAACUAGAAACAGCUAAACUCCUCACAACAAUAUGCUCCAAUUUCAUAGAAAUCAAUAUUAUUAGAAAAAAUGAUAUAUUUCAAUUAAAUCACAAAAAUGCCCACAAAGUUAAAUUAGAACAAAUUUAUCUUUGCAUCACCACCCACAAGAGUUUUGAAUCAUUAUGCAAAGUUCCUGAAAUUGGGCAAGCUUGUAACCUGUUUUUAAAAACAAUAUUAGAAUUUUAUAUUGAACUAGUAGUAAUAUAAAAACUAAAUUUGUGUUUGAUGAUCCAAUCUAUGAAUCAUUAUCCUUUAUCGAACCAGGACAAGCACAAUCCUUUGUAAAUAAAUCUCUAAAACCUAUAGUUGAUUGUUUUUCAAUACUAACUGGGCAUAUUAAUAUGCAAGAAUUAGAUAAUGAAUGGCGGCAACAUGCCCUUUUAGACUACAACAAAUUAAAUCUAGAAGCUAUCUCAGAUGCUUUAGAAUAUUGGAAAAACGUUUUUCAAUUAAAAAAUGCUGCUGGGGUGGAAUUAUUUCCAAAUUUAAAAAAAAGUAUUUUGUUGAAAUUUACUACAUACCUCGACUUUAAAAGCAAUAUUAGCUUCACAACAAGGUAUUGCACAAAGUGUAGGUUGUGUUAAAUUUGAACAGAAAACAACAUGGUUAAUUCUAAAAUAUGGAACAAAAAAAAAUGAAUAAACUGUACUCUGUAGGGACUAGGAAUUGGUUAGUUUUCAACUUUUUAUUUAUUUUUAUUUAAUCAUUGGUAUUUGAUUUAGCUGUACCUAGCUGGUUCCUACAACAUAUUAUGAUUAUGUAUGUAAACAAUAAGUAUUUUUAAUAUAGGUUUUAAGAGUUAAUAAUUUGUUAAUUU